GUUCUGGAUGCCUCUCGAAAAACAGACCUCGAAAAGCGAUUGACGGAAUCCAUACCGAGCUGUUGGCCUUGCCGGUCCUGUUCCUUGGUCGAGCUUGGCUGGGUCCAGCGACAAACAGACGAUUGAAUGACGUAUCCAUGAGCCUUGACAUUUCUUCACCUCAGUCGCUGCUUAUUUUUUCCUUCCUCUCGGAGUGAACAUCAAUUUGCACUUCAUGAGUAGUUCCGAGCCCUCUGAUUCCUCCUCCAUCAUUUAUUCCCUCAUAUAAGGGCCUCCUAAUUUUUCCCCUAAUAUUCACCUCUACAGCUGGUCUAUCCUUAGACACAACCACUUCAGGAUGACCGUUUACAUCGCUUCAUUAUUCCUUCCUUAUACGGUCAGCUUCAGCUCGCCAGAGUCUCCUCGAGAGACCACAUCAGCGAAUCUGCCAGAGAAGCAAACGCAGCCUGAGCCCGUGGCCACAACACCUAAUCCUGCAGUUAGCUUGUUUGAGAAGCGCAACGAGACAUCUAAUGUUGGUCUCACUCCAGGCGCAACUACAGAUCAUGAACGCAUUUUCACUGCCGACCUCAAAAAGGCUGACGCGCACCAGUCCGAGUACCCAUUUCCGGAGCCUAGCACUUACAAUAAGCAUGAUUUAACUGAAAGCGAAGCCCAUUCCCCCGCAUGGGGUGUCAGGACUACAUUAAACCAGCCCAAGCCACAGUCGGCAUUUGCAGCGUCCCCUUCUAUUUUAAAACACCAGCAACUGGCACCUCCUUCAGAGACGGCUUCGGUAAAGGAAACCGGGCCAACAUCGCAGCCUCCGGUCAGGCAUGCGAGAAAGCUUUCUCGUACGCAUCAUACCAGGAAACCGUCUUUCUCAGAGACAGAGUGGAAGAUUACGACAGCAGAGCAGGGCAACGGAGGCUUGCGCAACGCCGUGCGGUCCGCCGCUGAGAGUGGACAGCUUGAGGACAAAGUGUGGGUGGGCACGCUAGGCAUGCCGACCGACGCAUUGACCGAGUCGACAAAGGCGGCCAUUUCCGAGAAACUUGAAGGCGAGUACGACAGCUUGACAGUUGAAGUCAACGAUAGCGAUUUUGACGGUCACUAUACGCAUUUUUGCAAGACGAUCCUUUGGCCCGUGUUUCACUAUCAGAUCCCCGACAACCCGAAGAGCAAAGCUUACGAGGAUCACUCGUGGGUCUACUAUGUCAAGCUCAACCAAGCCUUUGCAGACCGCAUCGCCCGUAACUGGAGACGAGGAGAUACCAUCUGGGUUCAAGAUUACCAUCUACUCUUGGUUCCGGCGAUGCUGCGGAAGCUACUUCCCGACGCGCAAAUAGGUUUUUUCCUUCACGUUGCCUUCCCGUCGUCAGAAGUGUUCCGAUGCCUCGCGCCUCGCAAAGAGCUUCUUGAGGGUAUGCUUGGCGCAAACUUGGUGGGUUUCCAGACGGAGGAGUACUGUCGGCAUUUCCUUCAGACGUGCAGUCGCAUUCUGAGCGUCGAAGCGACCAACGAUGGUCUGCAGCUGGAAGAUCGCUUUGUGAACGUAAACAAGUUCCCAAUCGGUAUCGACCCACUCUCAUGGGACAAGAGGAGAAAGGCAGCAGAUGUUGAGCAGUGGAUAAAGACGAUCUCCGACCGUUACGCAGGCAAGCGGCUCAUUGUGGCUCGGGACAAGAUCGACUCUGUACGUGGCAUCCGGCAGAAGUUGUUGAGCUAUGAACUCUUCCUCAACACGCAUCCGGAGUGGCGAGAAAAGGUGGUUUUGGUCCAGGUGGCUACCAGCACAACGGAGCAGCCAGAGCUGGAGGCCAUGAUCUCUGACAUUGUCAUGCGCAUAAACUCGACACACUCUACGCUUGCACACCAGCCUUUGGUCUUUUUGAAACAAGAUCUUGCUUUCCCACAAUAUCUUGCUUUGAUCUCGGUCGCUGAUGCGAUGAUGAUUACCAGUCUGCGUGAGGGUAUGAAUCUGACGAGCCACGAGUUUGUUUAUUGCCAGGACGGAAAGUAUGGCGCCCAGAAGUAUGGGUCCCUAAUUCUUAGCGAGUUUACUGGCAGUGCGUCUGUAUUUGGCAACCACGCACUGCUUGUUAAUCCCUGGGAUUAUCACCAAUGCGCAGAUGCAAUCAACACAGCCCUCUCGCGCAGCGAAGACGAGCGCCAGCGCGUGUGGACACAAUGUCACCAGGCUGUCCUGCAAAACUCAACCUCGAACUGGGUCAAAUCAUUCAGCGAAACGUUAGCCAGGGUUUGGCACGAGCAAUCGUCGCGGGAGAUCAUGGCAGUCCCGCGGCUUCCGAUGAAUAAGCUCGAAGAACGGUACCGACAUGCGAAGCGACGGCUCAUCAUUCUAGAUUAUGAGGGCACCUUGGCGUCCUGGGGUUCUCCAAAGAGUAUCAUCGUUACGACGCCGCAGCGGGCCAUCACGACCCUAGCUGACUUGACCGAGGACCCAAAGAAUGUGGUGUACGUGAUGAGUGCGCGGAUGCCCGAAGAACUGGAGCGGCUCUUCCGCCUGGUUUCUGGGUUAGGUUUGAUAGCGGAGAACGGAUGCUUUAUCCGCGAGCCUUAUUCAGAGACGUGGUCAAAAUUGACGAAUCAAGUGCAAACCGAUGCAUGGAAGACAGCGGUCGAGCAUAUCCUAAAGUACUACAAAGACCGUGCAGAGGGUAGCUGGAUUGAACAGCGCCACUGCUCGCUCGUCUUCCAUUACGAAGCAGCAGAAGAUCGCCCAGCAGCCAGUCGCCUAGCCUCCGAGUGCGCAGACCACAUCAACGACGCGUGCGCCAACCAAGGAGUACACGCUAUCCUGGUCGACGGAGUUCUUGUCGUCGAAGCAACAAGCACAAACAAAGCGUCUGCCGCAGAACUCGCCUGGCGAUCCUGCCUCAAGGAAGCAGACGGCAGAGGUAGACCAGACCUGCUCCUAGCCAUCGGAGACAGUCGUGACGACGAGCCAGUCUUCCGGUGGGCGAAUAAGCUAGAGUGCGCCCACGCGGUCAGUUAUGCAAUGACGGUUACACUUGGGUCAAGGAGCACUGAGGCGCGGGCGACCUUGACCCAAGGAGUUGCAGGAGUCCUUACCUGCCUAGAGAGGCUUGCAAAGACGUCGGCUAGGGGUUCGGCAUAGUCAGAAGAACACGGUGUUGAUGCUGCGAGGUUUGUAGGUAGACGUUAAUGAGUACGACGAAUCAUACACGGUACAUUUCUACUACAUAUCAUCAUUACUAUAGCAUCAGGAG